ACACUCACACGCCCUCCAACCCUGCCAGCCGCCUCACAUCCAUCUUCACACUCUCCCGUUUGUGUUUACUUGUUUGUGUUUAUUUAUUCUCCAAAAACACGCUGGAAAAGAAACGAGAAACAAGUAAAUACCAAAAAAAAAAAAAGCAACAACAACAACAAGGAUUACUCUUCUUCUUCUGCUUCAUUAUUUCUGAAUGACGGGCGGCCGGUUCGACUUCGACGAUGGCGGUACUUAUUGCGGCGGCUGGGAGGGCGGGAAAGCGCACGGGCACGGCGUGUGCACGGGGCCGCGCGGCCAGGGCGAGUACACCGGCGCGUGGUCCUACGGCUUUGAGAUAGUCGGCGUGUACACAUGGCCCAGCGGCAACACGUAUCGGGGCUACUGGGCGCACGGCAAGCGGCACGGGCUCGGCGUGGAGCGCAAAGGACGCUGGGAGUACCGAGGUGAGUGGAGUCACGGGUUCAAGGGCCGGUACGGAGUUCGCCAGACCCAGGAGUCACCUGCCAGGUAUGAUGGCACCUGGAAUAACGGACUGCAGGACGGAUACGGGGUGGAAACCUACGAGGAUGGGGGUACAUAUCAGGGUCAGUGGAUGGGUGGGAUGCGGCAUGGUUAUGGCGUGAGACAGAGCGUCCCGUACGGCAUGGCCAUGACCAUUCGCUCCCCUUUGCGAACUUCUCUGUCGUCCUUACGAAGCAUGCAAAGCAACGGUGCUGUGCUGCUCCAGGAUGAGGCCUCCAUCAUGCCAGCCAACACACGAGGCGGCUUCGUCUUAAAUGUCCACGGGGAGAAGAAGAAACCGGCUUUGGUUCGGCGUGGAUCGUUAUUCGGAAGCCUCCGUCGGCUACGGAAGUCCGAAUCGAAAAGUUCAAUUUCAAGCAAACGCAGUUCGACGCGCAGUUCCGCCAUGAGCCGAAUCAGCACGAGCGACGCAGAGGACGAGGACAAGACGGACACCGAGGACAUUGUGGACACAGAGGAAAAAAUGGACGCCACGGUCACUGAGUCCUAUGCAGGCGAGUGGAAGAACGACAAACGAAGCGGGUUUGGAGUGAGCGAACGCUCUGACGGCACCAAAUACGAAGGGGAGUGGGUAAACAACAAGCGACACGGAUACGGCUGCACCAUUUUUCAGGACGGCACCCGGGAAGAAGGGAAGUACAAAAAUAAUACGCUGGUCCGAGGGAUAAAGAAGCAGCUCAUUCCACUGAAAAAUCCCAAAACCAAAGAGAAAGUGGACAGAGCGGUGGAGGGAGCGAGGAGAGCGGCCAACGUUGCCAGAUCCAAAGUGGAAAUCGCUCUGUCAAGGACAACCCACGCCAGAACAAAGAGUGAAUUAGCAGACCAGGCUGCAGUUGCUGCAGACCAGGAGUCAGAUCUUGCGAGGGCUAUAGCAAGAGAAUUAGCGCCUGACUUCCAGCAACCAGGCCUUGAGUACAUUAAACAAAAUUUCACCGAGCAUGUAGAGGAGAUUAAAGAAUCCCCACCUGUGGAGGAGAAGAAGGAGGAGAAAGAGAAAUCAUCAAGCAGUCCUUUCUAUCGCCGCGGCACAACUCCAUCGCACUCGCCUGGCCACAGCCCAACUCCCUCACCUCCAUUAUCACCAGCAAAGAAAACUCAACAAACAAGUACCAGCGUGACACGAAAAAUCAGCAAAGAAAGCAGUUCAGCAACUCGGAAGAUUAGCAAAGACAACAGCGCUACAUAUCCCAGGAUUAGCAAAGACGAAAGAGCAACCAUCGUAUCUGAGAUCAGCAAAGCUCCCCCCACCAUCAAAAUUCAAGAAGUUGCGCCACCAAAGCCGCCCAAGCUCAACGAACCGUCAGGAAACGGCCAAUUACACGCUGCUUAUCAUAGCUAUUACGUGAAAACACAAAAGACCAUCCCUCCGCCUGAAGAACCGGAGGAUGAAGAGCCUGAAAUGACCCAGUCCAGUUUAGCUCGGAUGCCACCACCUCCGAAGUUAGCGCAGUCACCAUCACCAAAACUAGAGACACAGCUCAGGAAACAAGACAGCAUAAAACCAAAGAGUCUCGCUGAAACCAAGAAAGCCAGUGUGGAGAUCACGAAUGGGGUUUUAGAAAAUAAUACGGGUCCGAAUCCUAUUUUGGUUGCCAUGGUGAUGCUCUUAAAUAUUGGAUUGGCCAUUAUUUUUGUACACUUUUUGACAUGAUCGCACCGUAGUUUCAGUCAUGGAAAUAACACGGUGUUACAUUAAACUGGCGCUGGUCUUUGGCCGUGGAGCAACAAAGGAAGUUUUGGGGGAAAAAAGAACGCCUUUUGGAGGACAACGUAACUUUUUUCAUGGCUCGUUAAGCCAUGUGAACGACUGACUGUUAGAAAAAAGGAAAAAUGAAAAAAAAAAGAAAAAUGCAACGAGGAAAAAAGGAGAGAUGUGUGUGAGAAAGAGUUUAGGGUGUGCUGAUCCGAGCUGGCCACUAUGUGUGGAAACGUUCGGUGCACUUUUACAUGACAGGCACAAACAGCUGCCUCGUUUCUUCCCCGUCUGACGUGUCGGGUUCGGGAGAUUUAUGCUCAGUGCCAGAGGAAUGUGUUCAGUGGACUUUCCACGCUAGUCAGAGAAAAACGAACACGCACCACGGCCUCCAUCGCCAGUCUUAUAGCAUUACACAAGCGUAACUGUAACUGUGGGUAGGCAUGUGCUCGAUAUAAUCUCAGUUUUAUGAUAUUAAAAUACAUAAAAAUACUGCUUUCAAAAAAGUUUUGUUUUAAAUAUUAUUUAUCAGACAAUAUUCUCCAGGGUUUAUCCUGGGCAGAAAAUAUUCCACAUAACAAUAAUGUGAUGCGUGUUAAAUAUUGUGUGAGAUAUAUCAUAUAACUGAUUAUCAGCACAUGUCUGUUUGCAGGAUCAUGCUCUGUUGCAUGGUGGCUUUUCAUUCAUCUUUCUGUUGUCCUCAUGCACUCAGUCGAGAAUGUAUUUCAGUUCCCUCUUUGUUGUUUUUUCUUUCUAUGUUGCUGUAGAUUUUUUUUUGUUUUCAAAAGAAAAAGAAGAGGAUGCUAUUGUAUAAAAUGUGCAAUAUUUUAAAUACAUUUAUCACACCAUACAAGGGCCUUUAGCCAACAGCUCACUUUGUUCCAUAAUUGAUUGCGAAAGAAUCAAAGGAAACGAAAAAGCGAUAUGACGUUUAACACGGAGAGGAUUGUCUACUGUAAUAGGUAAUGCCAUGCGCAAAGCCACAUGAAGGAGUAUUGUUUACUAAAAUGUAAAGGAGGUGAAAGUGUUUAUGCUGUACGUAUUUGCAAAUUGAGCAUUGCUUACUAUGCAUGCAAGUUUUUUGAUUUGGUGCGCCAACAUUCAUGCAAACGAAUAGGCACGUGCGGAUAAUCAUGGUUUUAAUUCAUCAGUUUAUCAUUGUGCUGCACAAUUAAUUGCAUAUAAAGUGAAAUCAUAAACUGUGGACCUCUGCUUUCAUUUGAUGCCAAAAGGCAGGUAAUAUACGCACAGUCGUGAAGAGUUUG